CUCCAGCCGUUGGAAGAAGAUGUCCACCAUCGUAACACCGAGCGGCGUUUAAUUUAAAGACGGUGUCCGAGUGGCGGCGGUUGGAAAAAAAAAGAAGCAACCGUUAAUGGCGAGGAAGAGCCCCGGAGACUGAAAGUGGGAUUUACGGUAUUCACCGUCAGCUAGCAGCGAAUGGAUACAGCCAGCUCAUUCAGUGACUGUGCGCUAUUUUAUUUAUUUUUUGUGUUUUAAAAAAAGUUUUAAAAGCUUAAAUAACCCCCUUUUUUUUAUAUAUAUAUAUAUCCCCCCCUUCCUCCUCCUCCUCCUCCCUCCCGUUCCCGCCGCCUGUCAGAGUUUAUCUCUAAAGCUAUUAAUCCGGGGUUUGUUUUUAAAGCUAACCGCUAACAGUAGUAGCUCAAAAAGGCGUCUGCGUGCUCAGACACGUUUGCUCGGGUGACUACCAACACAGAAAAAUGUACCCAAGGACAUAAGUUAACAACAACAAGAAGGGGAGAGAGAAGGAGAGAGAGAGAGAGAGAGAAGGAGCCAUGACAGGCUGAGGACAGAGAGGAGAGAGCCGAAGCUAGCCCCGUUCACACCGCCCUCCAGAGACCACACAGCGGAUCGAUAUCGACUCCCAAAGGCACCAAGAUCCAGCAAAAAUGGGAGAGCAGCCCAUCUUCAGCACACGGGCCCACGUCUUCCAGAUCGACCCAAACACCAAGAAGAACUGGGUUCCCACCAGUAAACACGCUGUCACCGUCUCCUACUUCUACGACAGUACCAGGAAUGUAUAUCGAAUCAUCAGUCUGGAUGGAUCCAAGGCCAUCAUCAACAGCACCAUCACCCCCAACAUGACGUUCACCAAGACGUCGCAGAAGUUUGGCCAGUGGGCCGACAGCCGGGCGAACACCGUGUACGGCCUCGGCUUCUCGUCGGAGAGCAACCUGGCCAAGUUUGCAGAUAAGUUUGCGGAGUUCAAAGAGGCAGCGAGGUUAGCAAAGGAGAAGUCUCAGGAGAAGAUGGAGCUCACCAGCACUCCCUCUCAGGAGUCAGCGCCAGGUGAUCUACAGUCACCUUUGACCUCGGAGAGCAUCAACGGUACCGACGACGAGAGGGUCACACCAGACACGCCUCAGCACACCGAAGCCAGAGCAGAGCCUUCCCAGAAUGCACUGCCCUUCUCACACAGUUCAUCCAACAUCAACAAGCACUGGGAGGCGGAGCUGGCGGCGCUCAAGGGGAACAACGCCAAGCUGACGGCGGCUCUGCUCGAGUCCACGGCCAACGUCAAACAGUGGAAGCAGCAGCUGGCGGCCUAUCAGGAAGAAGCCGAGAGGCUACACAAACGGGUGACGGAGUUGGAGUGCGUGAGCGGCCAGACGACGGUGAUCAAAUCCCAAAAGACAGAGCUCAACCAAACGAUAGAGGAGCUGGAGUCGGCGUUGAAGGCGAAGGAGGAGGAGUUGGAGAGACUGAAAGCAGAGGUGGAGAGCGCCAAUGAGUUCCAGUCUCAGAAAGACACUCUGACACUGAAACUACAGGACUCGGAGUCGAGGAACGAGACGUUGGAGGCUCAGCUGAGCGACCUGGAGCGGCGUCUGGAGAGCAGCCAGCACGAGAGGGAAGACUUCCGCAAGAGCCUGCGCUCGCUGCUGGAGCUGCUGGACAGCAAGAUCUUCGAGCUGACGGAGCUGAGGGACACGCUCGCCAAACUCCUCGAGGGCAGCUAGAGAGACGAAGAUCACCACCAUCAUCAUCAUCAUCAUCAUCAUCACCACCACGGACGCUCAGAAGAAAGAAAGAAAGAAAAAAAUCACCUGCAUGUUGGUACUCGCACCGUCACAGACACGUUAAACUUGAAUUCUUUCUCUUUCUAAAGAGUUUACACACGACUUUAUGCAUUCACACGCACACACACACACACACACACACACACGCUGCGGUACGGUAACACGUUUACAAACCAGCCGGGUGAAGACGAGGCUUCGCUUGGACCAUGCCUUCCCCUCCGCUCCACUCUGGAAUCUCCUCUCACGUUAAAAAAAACUCUUGAAUGUCGUUUUCCGUUUGACGGGACGUUGACUAUUUUUUAUUUUUUGCUCCUUCAAUCAUUUUAAAUUCGUUCGUUUCGAAGCUUCGGGUUCAUUUUAAUCUCUUCCUCGCGUCAUCGUCAGCCAAAAAACAGACGUUUCCUGCACUCUGAGAGAGAAAAUGUUCCUCCUGUGACGGAGAAUCCAACGAGGUGAGGACUUUAUAUUCUUCUACAAUAUGUGAGCAAUACAAAAAAUGAAAAGGGAGCGUCAGAGGGUAAAUGAACACUUUCCACUCUCACUUUCAGGUAACUUUACUCUCCGAUAUGUUUCCACCACGAGCGAGAGGCGGCGGUCUUUCUUUCUAUAACACUUUUUAAAAACAUAGUGCACUUGUAAAAAUGGAGUUUGUGUGUAUGAGUGAUUUAUUUCCUCCUCUUUUUUCUGUUUCUGUUGCGAGUUGAAGUGCAAUGAUUGAAUCCUGUUUGUUUAUUUAUUACUUAAAAACUGUUACAGAGAAAUUGUACAAAAAAAAAGAAGCUAAAAGAUUCUUUUUUUAUUUACUUUUGUUUUUCACUUUUUGUUUUAAAUCGUUCGUGAGUGUCGAGGUUUUUUGUUUGUGGAAAAACUGGCAAUAUUUUUGAACUAUUUAUCCGAGGGAACGGAAACAUAACGGCGGUCGCAGGUUGGAAUCUUUUUCUCUUUUAUUGUUUUUGCCAAAUAACGUUUUGUUCGUGUACAGAUUCUGACUCAUGCUGAUGUUGCCUUUGGUACAGAGAUGCAUCAACAGUAGCGGACUGAGCGGUACUUUUUAUUUUGUGGGAUUUUACUGUUGCCAAAAACAAAUAUUCAGCGACGUUACGAGGAACACCUGAAGAACACUAUUUAAAUAAAUAAAAAAGGGCUUUGUUGUUUAGUUCGGGUACUUUUUUUUGGGGGGGAGAGACUUGAAUGACUUUAUCACGUUUGAAAAUGAUGAAUUAUUGCAGCUUGAAAAAGGGAAAAAACAAACGUUUGAAUAAAGAGUUUUAAAUGUUGAUUAUAUCACAAUGCUUAAAAAAAAAACACACACAAAUUGUAAUUUUGAGUUUAUAGUAAAACAAAAUCAAAUGAAAAA